UCUCCUAUCCCCGUCCCUCCUGUCCCGCGCUCCGGGGCGGAACCCGCGCGGAGCGGCGGCGGCGGCGCCCCCUGGCGGCGGGCGGUGGCGGCGGCGGCGCUGAGGCCCCGCGGCGGCGCUGCCGUGUUGACAGCGGCGGCCGCGCCGGGAGCUGCCCCGGGAAGGGGGUUGGCGGCGCCGGUUCUCCGCUCUCGGCUCCGCGAUGGCCUUCAUGGAGAAGCCGCCGGCCGGCAAGGUUCUGCUGGACGACACGGUGCCGCUGACAGCGCAGAUCGAGGCGAGCCAGAGCCUGCAUUCGCACACGGAAUACAUAAUCCGUGUCCAGAGAGGAGUGUCAACAGAAAACAGUUGGCAGAUUGUGAGGCGAUAUAGUGACUUUGACUUGUUGAAUAACAGCCUGCAGAUCUCAGCUCUAAGUCUACCUCUUCCUCCAAAAAAGUUGAUUGGAAAUAUGGAGCGUGAAUUCAUUGCUGAAAGACAGAAGGGACUCCAGGCCUAUCUGGAUGUAAUUACUACCCAUCACAUACUGUCUAACUGUGAACUGGUAAAGAAAUUCUUGGACCCAAACAGCUAUUCUGUAAAUUACACUGAAAUUGCCUUACAGCAUGUUUCGAUGUUCUUCCGGUCAGAGCCAAAGUGGGAAGUAGUUGAACCAUUAAAAGAUAUAGGUUGGCGAAUACGUAAGAAAUAUUUCUUAAUGAAAAUUAAGAAUCAGCCAAAGGAACGACUAGUGUUAAGCUGGGCUGAUCUUGGCCCUGAUAAAUACUUGUCUGACAGAGACUUACAGUAUGCUGUGAAACUUCUUUCUUCCUGUUCUCAUCCCUAUAUUUACAAAAUCACUUUUGCCACUGCCAACGAAUCUUCAGCUCUGGUUAUUAGACCAUACAGUGAAAAAGGGACACUAAAGGACCUUAUUUAUAAGGCAAAGCCAAAAGAUCCGUUCCUGAAGAAGUAUUGCAAUCCGAAAAAAAUUCAAGGUCUUGAACUUCAGCAAAUAAAAACAUAUGGAAGGCAAAUACUAGAGGUAUUAAAAUUCCUCCAUGAGAAAGGAUUUCCUUAUGGCCAUCUUCACUCUGCCAAUGUGAUGUUGGAUGGGGAUACCUGCAAGUUACUGGAUCUAGAAAAUUCCUUGUUGGGACUUCCAUCAUUUUAUCGAUCCUACUUUUCACAGUUUCGGAAAAUUAAUACUUUAGAGGGUGUUGAUGUUCAUUGCUUCGGACACUUACUGUAUGAAAUGACCUACGGAAGACCUCCAGACACGAUUCCAGUGGAGAGCUUCCCCCCUGCUCCAUCAGUGUUUGUUGUAUCAGUGUUGGAGUCCAUUCUGACUUGUGAAGCUCUGAAGAAUGGGAUGCCAACUGUCUCACGGCUCUUACAGAUGCCAUUAUUCAGUGACGUCCUGCUAACAAACUCUGAGAAACCACAGUUUAAGAUUCCUACUAAGCUAAAAGAGGCAUUGAAAAUCUCCAAGGAAUGCAUAGAAAAGCGAUUAACAGAAGAACAGAAAUUGAUUCACCAGCACAGAAGGCUGACAAGAGCUCAAUCUCAUCAUGGCUCUGAAGAAGAAAAAAAGAAAAGGAAGAUCUUGGCACGAAAAAAGUCAAAGCGCUCUGCCAAUGAAAGUGGAGAAGAACACUCAGCCAAAUACAGCAACUCAAAUAACUCAGCAGGCUCUGGGGCGAGUUCCCCUCUAACAUCUCCAUCAUCCCCCACUCCGCCCUCCACAGCAGGCAUCAAGUUUACAGCAUCUGAUUUACUUCCUAUUCCUUUUAACACACUCUUUUAACAAAAAUGUCCCUGUAAAAACCCUUGGUAAGUUCUUGUUUGAGUGUUUUAUUCUUACAACUGCAUGAAUGAAUACAAUGUGUGUUUGCAGGCAACAUCCUUCAACAUAUGUACUGGAAGGGUCUCAUGAUGGCUAAGCACUUGUCUUGAAUGUUUUUUCUAGUAAAUGCAGGAAAAUAUUUCACUGUAGGGCAGAACAAUUUCAUCUGUAGAUGUAAAUGUAUAUGAAUGCAUGUCUGUGAACUGAGAUCUCUUUUGCACCACUUGUGUCAAGGAGGGAAGGACAGCUUGGUGUUGAUUGCCUAACUCAAGUGAAUGGAUUUGAAGAUUUUUGUAUCAUGCUCUUAAUUAACAGGUUCAAUAUGCAAUGCUCAUAGUUAGUCAGAUACCAUUCUAAACCCUGUGUGUAUUUAUGUCUUAAGGUGGAGCUCAGGUGUAAGAGUAUAGUUCUUUGUUAUCAGUUUCCCAAGUUUUACUACAUGAUGUUGCCAGCAGCUCGAUUUCAAUAGUGAGUCCUGAGGAAUUUAACAAUUGUCCAGGAAGAAAGGUGACCUCUGCUCCUACUUCCCUGUCUUUUCUACUCUUGUAAAAUAACCAGACCAAAAUUUGGAUAUAACAUGUGGAAUCUUGGCCUACUGAUUCUUAGUGAUCCCAGCAUUUUGUGUCUGUUUUGCCCUCCAUGUGUCAAACAUGUGCCUUCUUUCACCACAUGUGUUACCCUUGUAUUUGUAUUCCCUGGCCACUGCUUUUAUGGUCAUUCCCUAUUGCAUCUUGUACAACUACUUGCAUAGUUUCUUUCAGCCUCACCUUGCAAUUCCAGACAAAAAUCUUCUCUUUGUUCUCUGCAGUUCUUGCAUCUCUUUGAAGUAAUUUCUUUUGUGAUUAGCUGCUCUUGGUGCUUUUACAGCAGUUUAUGUGAUCUGUUGGUACACCAGUCCUGCAGGGUUCUGCUCUGACCACUUCAACCACUCAGUGGGUCCUUGGACUGUUCUUGGUCUUGUUCUUCCUUUGGCCGAGUGCUACGUUUUUCUUUCCUGGCAGUCUAUCCCCAAGAGAAACAGGACUCUAAUGCUGGGAAUGUUUUUUCAGUAUUUCUAAUAGUAAAUUGAUGUACAUCUUUGGCAAGUGUAAGAAGCAGAUUUGGAUAAGUAUAGAAGGGCCCCAGUGUGCAAUUUAUUUCAGUUUGUGCUGCCAUUGUGUAAAGUUUUGAUUCCUUCAGAAAGCAGUUGAUCCACAUGCAACAGGCAGGUUAAAUUGUUUCAGUUGAUCUCUGGUAUUCUAUUAGGGCUUGAGUAUUUCCUCUGGAAGGGAAGAGAGUGAAGAUGAGCUCAAUAUGUACUUCAAUGCAUUAUUUUCACAGAAGGCUUUCAUGCCAAUGAGAAUUUCUCCUGAAGAGCUGGAAGUGCUACAGUCACAGCCCAUAUUAAUGUCCAUUGGCAAAAUUGGAUGCUUUAUAUGAAUACUCUGCAUUUUCAGCUUGCUCUCAUAUGGGAAAAGUCUUUCUUCAAACACUGGUACAGAUAGAAAAUGAAGGAGUUUUGAAUUAUAUCUUUCAUCUAUUAUAACUGCUUGUUUUAAUAACAGCAGUUCUGUUUUUACUCUUACUUGUUAGUCUAAAAACAAAUGAUGAGGAAUUGAGAGACAAAUGGAGCACAGAGAACUUUUGUCUGCUUUUUUUCUGUAGUUGAGCUUUAUCCUUCAUCAAAUUCCUUUUGAGUCUAAGUUGCAUAAUGUUACAUAAUUCCUCGAUAUUUGCUCACUUCUAGCAAGCAGUUGUACUUCAGGAACAACAGUCUUGCCUUAAUGUUUUUUUUACCUUGCCCAGUAUCACAGUUCUUGCCACUUAACAGUAUAUUCCUCUUUGUAGGUCAGAGCUAGUGGAAGCAGGUGCUAAUAGGUGCCAUUUGUCUCUUCAUUCUUCCUAUGGCAUAACCCAUGAUCUGGAUGAUAGAGUUGAAAUUCACUGCUGAGUAGUUCCAGGAUAUUAAUCAUUAUGCUCCUACUCCUUCCAGAAUAUGAGAGAGAUAGGCCCAUUAUUAUUUGACUUGUGUAGCAACGAUGGUGCAAUGUGCACAAGAUCAGGGGGUUGGGAGAGUGCCUGGGGCAGAUGAGGCCACUUGCCUGGGUCUGCACUGCCAGAGAACAGCUCCUUGCAGGCCCACUGUGGGCUCUGGCUUCCCCGGGGUCAGGGCUGGAGGCUGAGGUUGGAUGAGGAGCACAAAGUGGAUGUGGCUGGAGUAGAAAGCAAGGGACAGAGUGCAAAGGUGGGAACAGGAGAGGCAGGCUGGAGGUGUGUGUGACAGUGUUGUGAUUCAUUCAGUCUGUCAAAAUAACCAUUUGUUACAACAUAUUUGGAGAAAGUCAAACAGACCUUUGGAAGUGUAAAACACUUCCAGAAAACUCUAUCUGCAGUUAGCACUUGAAAAAUGAAGUAUAAUCUGACCAAGCAAAAUGGUCAUCACAGAUACUACAGUGAUGCAGUCCUUCAUUCAUAGGAAUGUAAAGUGAGUUACGGAAGUAAGAACAGGUAGUAAAAUAGCUUCAUUUUUGUUACUGUUCAUGUCCCAAAGAGCAAAUUGCUCCACUAGGGACAAAUAGGAGAGUCUGAAUCUGGGAAGUCCCAUUAGGUGCUCUCUAUUUUCCCUAGUGCAAGAUCACAUAUGAGUCAUGUUUUGCAUCUGAGUCCUGAGGCUCUUCAAGCUUCAUUUCAGAGGUAUUUCACAUGACAUGACUCACCUGCAGAUAGAGGGGUUUGACCACUUUGGCAUUUUCCAUCUGUUCUGUUCUUCACACUCCACUGGCAUUCAAGGGGUGACAUGACUAGUGCAGGACUGACCGAGUCCAGCCAAGCAGGCCUCUGUGGCAGGACAUCCCUGGCAUAAUCAAAUCCGUCUUCUCUCCCCAACU